GCGAAACUAGCUUUAGUUACCAGGCCAUACACAAUAUGAAAGAGUAAUUCUAUCUAGUAAACACUAAACAAGCAAUAUUUGUGAAAGAGGCAUUGUAAAACAAUGAAAGUUCGGAGAUCUAAAGAAACAUAGCAGUAUUAGUGAAAUUCCAGAGAUGCCUGAGAUUAUUACUUCGUUGCAUGAGGAAGUUGAAAAGCUUUAUUAUUUGAGGGAUCAUUAUUACGAUUCAUCAUCAUCGGAAUCCUCCCAAGAUCAAAAAUGGGAUCUUGUAAAAAAGGAAAUGCUGGCAAUGGUUGAAAAAAUAAAAUCUACUUGUCUUGUUAAUGAUGUGCCAUCCAGCACUCACCCAUCAGUCUUCCAGUAUUUGUUAGGAAGGGCUCACAAUGUUAUGCCCCAUUAUGAUUUAGAAGCUCAAAACUAUUUGAGUUCAGCAGUGAAACUUAAUCCAUCCUAUGUUGAGGCUUGGAAUGAGUUGGGUGAAUGCUUCUGGAAAGGUGGUGACACAUUAUCAGCUAAAAACUGUUUUUCAUGUGCUCUAGAAAAGCUCCGCAAUAAAGUUUCGUUACGGAAUUUAUCGAUAGUUUUACGACAACUGAAAGUUACCGAUUCAGAAGAGAGAAAAAAACUGUUGUUUGAAGGACUUAGUUUGGCUAAAGAAGCUGUACAGUUAGAUCCAACUGAUGGGAAAAGCUGGCUCAUUCUAGGAAAUGCAUUUUUUUCUGUAGCUUUUUACAGCACCCACAGUGAUGGGUACAUCCACAAAGCACUAGCUGCCUAUGGUCAAGCAGAAAAAUAUGAAGUUAAACAAAGAAACUUCAAUACUGCUGAUCUUUGUUUUAAUAAAGCUAUGGCCUUAUUUCAUGAUGAAAAAUAUCAAGAAGCUUUGGAAAAUCUAGAACGCUCUCAGAAAUUUGAACCUGACUGGGAACUCUCCAAGUCGAAAUAUGAACUCACGUUGCAAUUUCUGUUAAAUGUGAAGGAAAUGGUGACUUUAAAAGGAAAAUUAAAGCCAAGAAAAUUGAAUAGCUUAUUGAAGAGUAUCAGUUCCAAAGAUUUUGGUCUCUAUAGAACAAAUUCUACUUUUAAACGCGCUUGCCUUCAGGACUUGGUGGAUGGCGCUAAUAAAGGGAAAUAUAUUGUGGCUAAAGUUAUCGCAUCGGUGUCCUAUGACGGAGGAAGUCCUUUGGCGUGUUGUAUAUCCGAUAAGCAAGAUUUUGCUGCUAUUGCGACGAUUUAUAGAUUAUCACAAGAUUAUGGCUUGACAAUCGGAGACUCUCUCCUAAUUCCAGACCCUCAAAUGCAUACUAUACACAUUUCCUUUAAGGGCGAAGUUAUCGACUUUCCUUGCGUACGAGUUGACUCGCCUCAAACGAUUUUGGUGAAUGGACACAAUUUGCAACCUACUCAAAUGGCAUCAAUGUUUAUAAAAUUUUCAUCAGCAUAAUUUCAUGUUUUCUCGCUGUUUGUUUUGUAAUCUGUACUCUCAAUUCCAAGAUUUCUUGUCACAACAGAUUCUGCAUACAUAAAAUCACUCCAGGAA